AUUUUGUGGUUCCAUAAAGCUGGAAUCCAGCCCAAACUUCAUUCCUAAUUUCAUAUCUUCAAUGGAAGAAGUAUCUAGAAAAAUUAAUGAUGAGCAUUGGGGAGCCAAUGCUGUGCUUUCGACAAAGCCUGAGAUCUUCACAUAUGCUCAAUGCUAUGGUUUCCUCUCACGCAAGGAUUGCUUAUCCUGCUACUCUGAGUCCAGGACAAGGCUUCCUAAAUGCCUUCCUUCAAACUCGGCUCGCAUUUAUCUUGAUGGUUGUUUCUUUCGUUACGAUACCUAUAACUUCUUCAAAGAGUCCCUCAAUGAAAAGCAUGACUACGUGAAGUGUAGCCUGCCCACAAAUGUUAGCAAAGAUGUGUACAUUGGAAAGGAGUUUCAAGAAAAAGUGUUUAAAGUUAUUGAAAAUGUGACUGACUUGGCAGUGUUGAACAAAGGUUUUGCAUUGUCAGGGGAAAGAGGAGGUCUGGAGGCUGUUUAUGCAAUGGCGCAGUGUUGGAUGACAGUGGAUACUAAAAGUUGCAAAGAAUGCUUGUUAGAUGCACGGAAUAAAUUGAGAAAAUGUGCUCCGGCCACAGAUGGCAGGGUUAUGAAUAGCGGUUGUUAUUUGAGGUAUUCUACAGAGAAAUUCUUUGCUGAUAGCGCUGGGGAAGAGGAUGAAACUGGGUCAUCUAAAAUCGGGAUCAUCAUAGCAAGCAUUUUAUCAGCUAUUGCCUUAUCUAUGUUUGCUCUUUUUGGUGCUCUUUUAGGCUAUAAGAGAAUAUCACAGAAGAAAAAAGCACAAAACAAUCUCAAUGGGGUUUCAGUUCCCGUGAGAGAGUCUAGUUUGAAUUUCAAGUAUGAAAUACUUGAGAAGGCCACAAAUGGUUUUGACUCCUCAAGGAAAUUAGGCCAAGGUGGAGCUGGUUCUGUGUUUAAGGGGACUCUCCCUGAUGGGAGAAUUGUCGCAGUUAAAAGAUUGAUGUUCAAUACGCGGCAAUGGGUGGAUGAGUUCUUCAAUGAGGUGAACUUGAUCAGUGGUAUUCAGCAUAAGAACGUUGUUAAGCUUUUGGGUUGCAGCAUUGAGGGCCCCGAAAGCCUUCUAGUUUAUGAAUAUGUACCUAACAGAAGCCUUGAUCAAAUCCUUUUCGUUAAGGACACUUUCCUCAUUCUAAAUUGGCAGCAGCGGUUUGAUAUCAUAAUUGGAACAGCAGAAGGCCUUGCAUAUCUUCAUGGAGGUUGUGGAGUGAAAAUAAUCCACAGAGACAUAAAAAGCAGUAACAUUCUCCUUGAUGAGAAUCUUACUCCAAAGAUUGCUGAUUUUGGACUUGCUAAAUGUGUUGGUCCAGAUCAGUCUCAUAUUAGUACAGGAAUAGCAGGAACACUGGGAUAUAUGGCUCCUGAAUAUCUUGUUCGAGGACAGCUAACCGAGAAGGCAGAUGUUUAUGCUUUUGGAGUGCUGGUUCUUGAGGUUGUAUGCGGUAGGAAGAACAGUAUUUUCACACAAAGAUCGAGCUCGGUUUUGCAAUCUGUUUGGAAAAAUUACAAGGCAAACAAAAUUCUUGAAUGUGUUGAUCCUUCCUUUGAUGGUGGAUAUUCUGUAAGAGAGGCAUCGAAUGUGCUUCAAAUUGGGCUUCUUUGCACGCAAACUUCUCUUACACUAAGACCAUCCAUGUCUGAAGUGGUUCGGAUGUUAAACGAUGAAGAAUAUAUCAUUCCCUCACCAACACAGGCUCCAUUCUUAAAUGCUAGUAUCCUAAGUUCUGAUGAAACUAACCAAUAUUCAGCUGCAAGAACUUCAACCUCAAACUUUCAAACAACAACUGAACGGUCCUAUUAUUCCAGUGAUCAUUCCUUUAAUGAGCAACUGAGAACUGAAGUGUCUUCUUUUCAUACUGCUGCUGAGUCCACAACUGUGGACAGUGCUGAAUCCAGUCCAUCAAAAUGUGAAGCAUCUGAGAUAAGGUAAAUACAUUGACCUUAAAUUCUUUAAAGAUUCAAGGGGUUAAUGUCAGAUGUAAGUUCAAGAAAUGUAGGCAAAUGAGAUUGGCUAUCUUGGCCAAAAGAAAGGUUCCAAUGCAACUGUAUGUGUGGUGAAUCUCUCCUUGAAGUUUGUAUUUAUGAUGAAGACGGAGGUGGAUUCCCAAGCCAAUGGAAAUUAUGACAUGAGGGAAGUUUAUUGCACAUAUAAUCGGGGAUGUGUACAAAUAAUGAGAGGGUUUAGUCAUGUAGAGGAUGUUUUGGCAUUUUCUUUUUCCAUUGAAGGAAAGAAGGAUCAUAUAUGUUUUUUUUUUUUAGUUACAGGCAAUUA